CAAACUGUCUCCUCCGAUUCUCAAAAUGGGAACUCGAGAUGGAAUACAAAAGCGACUCAAUCCCAACCUCGAUUCGCCUCCACUUUGGCACCACCUUGAUCAACUUGCUCUUCACACUUCCCACCAUCAUCCUCGACUACUACGCUGCUCAGAGUCUCGGCAAUCCGCUGUUGAUCACACUCACACGCUACCUGCUGGUCUACUUUCCAAUUGUCCUGGUCGUCCCGAGCGCUCUCCUGUCACUGACGUCGAUCCGGAAGUCGGUCCAGGCCGUCCAGACAGUGAUUGCGACGAUCCACAUCUGCAACAUCGGGGGAUGCCUUGUCCGGCACGGACUGGUUCUGGUCUCUGGAGAAUCGGGCCUGACACUGUUUGCGACAAGUCUCUCGCAACUGAUCUUCUCGACAUUUGUGGCAUCGACAUCGGGGAUCUCGGUGCAAACUCUCGUUCCAAUCGUCUGGCUAUGCGUUUGUGCACAUGCCGGGCUUGUUUUAGGAUUGCCAAAUGGAUUUGGCGACAUUCGGUACAGCAUCCUUAUGGUUGCUGUCGUCGGGAUAGUUGUGUCGGUCUCUGCCUCCAUCAACGAACACGAACAUCGAAAGCUCUUCUUUCUCGAAAAGUGGUCUAAAUCAUACCAGCCAAAGUCUCGGGAAGCCAUUCAGUUUCCACCCGAAUUUUCUGAUUUCACCGAGUCGCAGUACUACUCAACAGUAUCGAGCGAAAAUUCGACUGGGUCAAAGUCUAGAAGAGAGUCUACCUUUUCCGAUAUGGAUGUGUGGGGCUCACGCUCACUCGCGGCUUCCCGCAACCAAAGUGUACGGCGGCCCAUGCCAUUUCCGGCGCUCUAUGUCGUCAAUGCUUCGUCGAUCAGUUCAGGGCUCGGUUCUACAUCAAACGAUAUUGUGUAUAUGGAGCGACAUGACGGAGUACUAAGGGCCGUUCCAAGGGGAAAUAGCCAGCACCGCUCGGAAGAAGCACAGCCAAAGUCGCAGAUGGGCCCAAGUCCGAUCGGAAGCGAGUGUUGCUCGGUAGUCGAAGAGCAUAUCCACCCAGAGUAGUGACAUCGAGCUCCCGAUGUGGACAGACCCAGGGCUGCCCGAAUGGAGUCACAGAUGUUGCUACAGCUUUUCCAAGAGUAAACAGACGCCC